CGAGAGAUUUUCGUAGGACCAAAAUUAAAAAAAAAAAAAAACAACCAGCAUCAUCGUUCUUAAUAAUUCACAUGGUUGCCUGAGAGCUACAGGGCCUGCUCGUCGGCAUGACUGUCGCCACUCAAGCUCCCUUUCCAAAAUUGUCGUGUAGAAUCAACUUACCGAUCGCAAUCAACGCAGAGGUUUCUACCCAUUUCCCACCUUUUUAUCCUCACGAGAUGCGUCUGAGGCCAUCCGGGUGAAUCGAGCUCGGUCCACAGCCACGGACAUGCCAGAUCUCUCUCUCUAUAUAUAUGGCAACAGGGCCCGCGUGCUCCAUCCUCUGUCUUCCGCCAUUAAUCGCGCAAGAACAGAGCUGCGAUCGAGAGGUUUAAUGGCGGUCGAAAGGUUGGGAGAGAUUCGCGCGUUUAGGAACACUCUAAUUGCGGAUAAUGGACACGCCGCCGUGGACGAGGAGCUGCAGCUGCUGCAGCGCCAGAUCGUUGGUCCGCAACAGCGACGAGGAGGGGCGUCGAGCGACUUUGAGAGGAAGCGGCCGCCGGGGGCUGCUGCCUCCGGUAGCGGGAGAAUGAUGGCGGUUCCUCGCAGGCGGGAUUCGGAGAUUGACGGCGUUGUUGGAUUUUAUGUGGAGCGGCUGCGGGAUGAGGUGCGGGAGGUGUGGAAGAGGCAUUGCCGGGGGCUUCUGGCGGCGGCGGAGGGGGAGGCGGCGCGGCGGUUGAGGGGGAAGGAGGCGGAGCUGGAGGCGGCGAGACUGAGGAGCGCGGCGCUGGAGGAGAAGGUGCGGCAGCUGAGCGCGGAGGGCCAGAUGUGGGUGGCUGCGGCCAGGCACCACGAGGCGGCCGUCGGCGUGCUCAGGGCGAGCUUGGAGCGGACGCUGCGGACAAGAGGCGGGGAGGGAUACGGUGAUAGCGAGGCGGCCUCCGCCGAUUCGUCGUGCCGCUUCGCGACUGAGGAGAAGGGGCGUUGUGGUCGUCUCACGCGGCGGAGCGGGUGGUGCACGGCGUGCGGCCGCCGGGAGGCGCGCGCUGUGCUGCUGCCCUGCAAGCACCUGUGCCUCUGCGAGGACUGCGAGCCUGCCGCCGGCGAGUGCCCCGUCUGCGGCACCGUCAAGACUGACGGCUUCCAGGUCUUCACGUGCUGAUCAGCUUACUUCGCCGGCGAUCGACAUGCACGGCCUUCUGUCGAACUGAUCAAAUUUGUUUAAAUUUCUUUUUUUUUUUCCUUCUUAUUUUUUGUUAAAAGAUACUUUUUCUUCAAUUUCGAUCAAAUAUCCAUCGAUAGAAUUAAAAUUUCACGAAAACAGUUCCAUGUAUUGUAUUAAGCGG